CAUUUCGCCUUCUUAAUGUCCAUAAGUGUAUGAAGGGACGGUGCCAAGAGAAUGGAUUCAGGCUCUGCUCGGUGGUGCCCGGCAAUAAGACGAGAGGCAAUGGGCAGACACUGAUGCACAAGAAGUUCCACCUGAGCAUGAGGAAGAACUUCUUAACUGUGCAGGCUGAAUAUUUAUCAGAAAUCGCUAACACAGGUGGUCCUGUAGAUGCCAAGGAAGAACUCUUGGAUGAAUGUGAGGGUAUUUGGAAACAGAUGGAAGAGUGUCAGAGCAAGCUAAUGCUUCUAGGAACAGAAACACUGCUACCAUCAGAUGCCAAGCUUUACUUGUUAAUGCUGCAAUGGAAAGCUUUAACAGUAGAUUUUCAUCAGUGGCAAGCAAGAAAUCCUGAAUUAAUUUCUACCAACCCAGAUGUACUGUUAGAAUUAGGAAAAGAAGAGUUGCAGAAAGUAAAAAAUGAUCUUGAAAUGGUGCUGUCAACAGUUCAGUCAAAGAAUAAACAAUUGGAAGAAGAUCUGAAAAGAGAACAGCAGUGGUAUGAGGAACAGAAACAGAUGCUAGAGACUCUUAAUAAAAUCGAAGAAGAGGCAAAUACCCAAGUUGAACAUCCUUCCACAAAAAGUUUGAAAAUUAGAGAACUCAAUGAACUGAAAAAUAAAGUAUUGAAAUUAAAGACCUAUAAGGAAGAACUCUUGAGGGCCUUGGGUGGAUUCCUGGAUGAAUAUUUUCCCCUUCCAGAGAUAGGUAAAAAUAUUAAAAAAAAGGGUUUUAUAAAUUUGGCUGGGGGAUGUUUAUCUUUCCAGAACUCUUCAGCAGAGCCAGUUGUAGAACUGAAAACAUUGCAAGAAAUUUUAGAGAUGCUGAUAAACACAUUAAUUGCCACACCACAUGAACCUUACAUAACAAUCAAUGAGUCAUUUUGGCCACCUUAUAUUGAGCUGCUGCUGCGACAUGGAAUGGCCCUGAGACAUCCAGAAGAUCCAAACAGAAUGCGCCUCCAAGCUUUUCACAAGUAGUGUGACCUACACAUGCACUUGAAAACAAAACAACACCAGUACUCUUAAUUCAGGGCUAGGACAUACUUAUGUUUCCUACUAAGCUUUUUUAGUAUCAAGCAUCACUUCUUGUUAGAUGAUUUUUUUUUCUUUUAAAUUAAAUUGGAUAUUUAAGGGCAUAAAAUGUGGAAAAAGAAAAAAAAAUUAUCUAUUUUAACUGCUUACAGUUGGCCUUCAUUUUUGCAUUAUUUUGCAUUAUUUUUGCAUUAUUUUGGCAUUCAGAUUUACAUUAUGGAAGGUUUUUUCAGUGCUUCUGUAAGAUGCCAAUUCAUGUCAUAGACAAAUAUGUUUAACAGUCCUUUUUACUUUAAAGUCAUACUUUAUGCAUUACUUCUAAGGUUUAGAUUUCUUAGAUUGCCUGAAGUUGUCUCUAUUUCCUUUAGUAUUUUCUUGUAUUCUGUGGAGGCAAAAUUCAGAAUAAGACCACUUCUCCUGUACAUGGCCUUGCAAACAUUUGGAACUAGCAGAGAGAUAUCCUCUCAAGAAUGUGUUAUGCCUUGCUUGUUUCUCAGAGCCCUUGCAAACAAUUUUACUGGCUCCAAGAUAAACACGUAGGAAAGCUGACACAUCUUUCUGUGCAACAUGCAGUGGAUGUUGAGUCUGCACCUUUCACUGCACGCAUUCCAAAUGGCCCUCUUUGUGUUAUGGUAUAUUGCCUUACAGCACCUGUCUUCACCUUUUCAGACCUAGUUUAUCAAGGCUUUUAAUGGAUCUCUGUUCUGUUGAUCUCCACAGCUUCUAAGUUAUGUCAGUUGAGAGUUACCUUCUGACUCAAUUCUGGCAUUCUUUGCAAUCUCAGUCUUUUAGGUAGCCAUUUUUAUUGUAUUGUAUUGAGUACAAAAAUUCUGCUCUUAUCUGUAGUGACUAAAUUAUCCUUUAUUAAACAGAUUUUAGUUUGUUGAGGGAGGAACUUGGGUGAUUUUUCAGUUGAUGGAAAAAUAGAGUUGUAUACAAUCAUAGAAUGUUUUUAUGUGAUGGUUUUUAGAAUGUGUUUCUGUGUUUUGCUGUGAUGACUUGUAAACAUGAUGUAAGGAUGCAUGGGAGAGGUAAGGGGGACCAAUCUAAUAUAAGUUCCAGUAUCAUUUGCCCUUUUUAUACCAAUUAAAUGUUAAGCAAAAUAAUCUUUCAUCUUGUAUAGUUUUGAGUGAAGGCUGUUCAUUUUACCCUCACAACUGGUGAUUAAGCAUGGGAAUAGGAUGUGGGUUGUGCUGUUGUGCAUGAGCAUUGACUUCUUUUUUGUUCAUAUUGCUUGUGUAACUGCCCUCCUAUUGUGGUUUAACCUCUUUUAUGAGCUCUAGAGUCUGACUAAUCUAUACACAUUUACCUUACAGUAUUUUUAAUUAAGAAUUUGAAUAACUACAUUUUUUGGCUUAGAUUUAUAGCAUUGUCUCUUUAGGGUUUUUUCCUUCAUUUGUGUUUAAAUGCUUUGUAUUCUGCUAUCCUUUCACCUUAUUUAUUAAUACUGCUGAAAUACUUCAUUGACACUGGAUGACUGCUUCUGUCGUGACAUUAAUAAAUAGAAGAAAAAAUGUUAAACACA